GGAAAAUUGGAAGUUUGUUGCAUCAGCCUUAGCUAAGAGUGGUAACACUUUUGAUGCAACAAGGUCUAUGGUAAUUAUCUCUGAAUCAGACAAGGCAAAUCUACAGGUUAGAGUAAGAAGGCUCCUUUCUAAGCCUAUCAAAUUCUAUAAUGAAAUGCAAGAAUUGUUCCGUAACAGCAAUGCAGACGGUUCUCUUGCUAUGGAUGCCGCUAAUUGCAUGAAUGACACACAAGAUGAAGACAAUGACUUGAAUGAUGACAUAUGCAAUGACUUUUCAAAUUAUGCUCAACCUCAAGAUGAUCUAGGUGAUGAUUCUGACACUUUGCCUUCUCCUACAAAUGAGCAAACUAGCUUUUUAUCCCAAACUGGCGAUGGUAGUUCAUCUAGCUCUGGAAUGAAGCGUCCUAGAGCUGAGGGUAAACCAGCCAAGAGAGAUGUGAGACCGAAAAGUCGGUUGUCAAAAAUAGGGGAUACGAUUGCAACUACUUUGGUGACCCUUCAACAAGAACUCAAGAAGCCGGCACCGGCUCCACCACAUAUGCCUAAUUCUGAUGCUAUCUUGUGGCAAAGGCUUGAAAAUAUGACAUUAACUACCGAUCAAAAGCUUAUGGUGGGAACUUUUCUAGCACAUAAGGAUCAAAAGGGUAUGCGUGGUUUUCUAUCCGGUUCAGCUGAGAUGACAUUUCAAUCAUGGGUAUUCAAAUUUCUCAGUGAUUCGGGGCUGUAAUUCCCUAUGUGCUUGACUGCUAUUUUGUUUA